AAAUGAUAAAUAAUCAUCCAAUUAGAGAAAAACCAAAACACAUUAUUUUCAACUUACUGUCACUAAUCUUUUUCCUAAUCUUCUUAUCCACCGUUGUUUCAUCUCAAUCACCAUCAUACACCACUCACAAAACCCAGCGUUUAACCGAAACCAAAACCAUCCCCGAGCUUAUCAUCGCGGACUUAAACCUAACCAUCUUAAAGGUUAAUCUCGCUUCCUCCAACUUCUCCGACCUCCAAACCCGUCUUUUUCCAAACCUAACCCACUAUGAACGUUGCGCAUUCGAAGACUGUCUCGGGCUACUCGAUGACACCAUCUCCGACCUCGAAACCGCAGUCUCCGAUCUUCGAUCUUCCUCUCUUGAGUUCAACGACAUCAGCAUGUUGCUCACCAACGUCAUGACAUACCAAGAUACGUGUCUUGAUGGUUUCUCGACAAGUGACAAUGAGAAUAAUAAUGAUAUGACGUAUGAAUUGCCUGAGAACUUGAAGGAGAUCAUCUUAGACAUCUCUAACAACCUUAGCAACUCCCUCCAUAUGCUUCAGGUGAUUUCCAGGAAGAAACCUUCCCCGAAAUCAUCAGAAGUUGACGUUGAGUACCCGAGUUGGCUCUCAGAGAAUGACCAGAGACUCCUUGAGGCUCCGGUACAAGAGACCAAUUACAAUCUCUCGGUGGCGAUUGAUGGUACCGGAAACUUCACAACCAUUAAUGAUGCCGUCUUUGCUGCUCCCAACAUGAGCGAAACUAGAUUUAUUAUCUAUAUAAAAGGUGGGGAAUAUUUUGAGAACGUCGAAUUACCUAAGAAGAAGACAAUGAUAAUGUUUAUCGGAGAUGGUAUCGGAAAAACAGUCAUAAAAGCAAACCGCAGCCGCAUUGAUGGAUGGUCAACAUUUCAAACUCCUACCGUAGGCGUGAAAGGUAAAGGCUACAUAGCAAAGGACAUAUCAUUCGUGAAUUCUGCAGGACCGGCCAAAGCACAGGCUGUGGCCUUUCGAAGCGGCUCUGAUCACUCUGCCUUUUACCGUUGUGAGUUCGAUGGUUACCAAGACACCCUUUAUGUUCAUUCAGCCAAACAAUUUUAUCGAGAAUGCGAUAUAUAUGGUACAAUCGAUUUCAUAUUCGGCAAUGCGGCUGUUGUGUUCCAGAAUAGUAGUCUUUAUGCUCGUAAACCUAAUCCUGGACAUAAAAUUGCAUUCACCGCUCAAAGCCGCAAUCAGUCGGACCAGCCCACGGGUAUAUCUAUACUUAAUUGUAGAAUCUUGGCCGCACCUGAUUUGAUCCCUGUGAAAGAAAACUUCAAGGCGUACUUAGGUCGACCAUGGAGAAAAUAUUCUAGGACGGUUAUCAUAAAAUCAUUUAUUGAUGAUCUUAUACAUCCCGCUGGAUGGUUGGAGGGGAAAAAAGAUUUUGCACUUGAAACUUUAUAUUAUGGAGAGUAUAUGAAUGAAGGGCCUGGGGCAAACAUGGCAAAGCGAGUCACAUGGCCUGGUUUUAGACGCAUCGAAAACCAAACGGAGGCUACCCAAUUCACAGUCGGUCCAUUUAUCGACGGUAGCACAUGGCUAAAUUCAACUGGCAUCCCUUUUAGUCUUGGUUUCUAAUCGUUAAAUUUGAUAAUAAUGAAGCAAUCUGUUGUAACAAUCAUAUAUUGUAUCGUAAACAUUGG